AUGCUUCUGCAGUUACACUCUAACUUGAACUUUAUUUUAGCCUCUCAAAUUGUAAGUUUAUGCAGUAACCUUUUGACCACGCCGUGUUCUGCAAACAAUUCUACAGGCGGAAAAACUUCAGCCAACACGCCAUGUUCGCCAGUUUCCCAACAACUUAAGAUAUUCAGUUGCUUUUUCGACCCCAAGAGCUCCGAGGCUCAAAUAUGGACUGGGAAUGCGCUCCCUCUUCUCUUUCAACACACACGACACUGCAUCCCCCCCUUCAUCUCCGAUCUGCAACCAGGUGACCGACCCUUCCACCAUCAGCCGACCACCCCUCCUCCAGCGACCUUGCCUCCGCCUUCGCCUCCAUCGGUGACGUUGUCUCCGCUACUACCGCCAUCGCCGAAUCGAAGCCCUCCAGGUCCCUCGUCGACAACACAUAUCUUGAUUCAAUCACUAAACAACAAGCUGAAGUUAAUGGAAAGGCAUGUGCAGAUGUUGGACAAAAUGGAAAGGGGUUCUAUCACACUUUCAUCCCACGAAAUCAACUCAACCCCUCCGCCGUCGUGCCUGUUUCCAUUCCCGCCAUCACAAGGACUGCAGAAAGCCAAAGGAAAACACUAG